AUGAAGAAGAAGACACACUCUUCUCCACUCAAUGAACAAUUCACUGACUCAUCUGACGGAAGUGAAUCCUUCUCAUCUUCUUCAUCAUCCGACAAUGAAACUCAAUCUCUCACUGAACCAUCUUCCUCAUCAUCAUCAUCAUCAUCAUCAUCAUCAGAUGAAGAAUCUGAAUCUCUCAGCGAACCAUCCACCAUAUCUUCACCGUCUUCGAAUUCUUCAUCUCAAACUCAAUCUCUUGAGGAAACAUCCGUAUCCUCAUCUUCUUCAGUUUCUUCUUCGUCGUCAGUUGGCGACGAAGAAACUCGAAGACGGUCACCAACCUCAUACUCAAAUCACAAUACUCGGGUCCAAUCCUUCGUUACACCAUCUCUAUCUGGAACAAAGCAUUUUAGGGAGAACAUCAACGACUCCAAACCUGCAGAAAAGAAGAAGAAGGAAAUAGAUGCUAGCGAAAGGGAGAAUGCACUUCCAAAAACUUUCUCCAUCCCACACAAUCAGAAACUAUUUGAAUCCAAAUCUGAACAAGAAGAAGAAACAAAACAAAACCCUAACGGAAAAACUCCAAAUAACAAUAAAGCCACUUGUAAGAAACCACUUGAACCAAAAACUGAACAAGAAGAAAAGGGAAACCCUAACGGGAGAACACCAAAUAACAAUCAACCUUCUGGUGAGAAAUCAUUUGAACCUGCCGAUGAGAAACCACCAACAAUUAAGCAGGAACAGAUACCCUAA